AUGCAAAAAACUAAGGCACCUAAGACUCAGCACAAGGACGCUAAGACGAUGUUUCUUCUUGGAGAUGAGGCAAGAGAAGAAGCCAAGAAGUCCAUCAAGGGUCUAGUUGCUCAUGCGAAAGCCUCUGACGAAGACCAUCACAGUGCCUUGUACCUUGUCAUCAACACGAAGAUCCAUCUAGUCAAGGAGAACGAUCACACUCCUCGGAUCAUUCCUUUGACUCAUAAACUACAUAAAAUUGACGAAAGAACCAUCUGCCUUAUAACAAAUGAUCCAGUGAACUUCUACAAGGACGAGCUACAAAAGAAAGGGCUGCCUACAGAAGACCUUUUUCGUCAGAUUAUCUCUUUCACAAAGGCAAAACUGUUCGGCCAUAGCAAGAAGGCUCUCGUUAGGCUUUACAAAGAAAAUGAGGUAAUACUCGCCGAUGCUAGGAUUUAUAAAAAAUUACCUGACGUGCUUGGGCCCCAGUUCUACGCAAGAAACAAGAAGGUGCCCUACAUCAUCCAAAUGGCGAAGCCGGAACCAGGGAUCAGGACCCACGGCAAGAGAGAGCUCCGUGUCGACCCAAAAUACGUUCGAAAUCAAGUAAAAGCAAUCACUGGGAAUACUUCAUACAUACCGCCCGCAGGAGGCUUUUGUUUCCACGUCGUUGUGGGAUACACGGAUUGGAAAACACUGGAGAUCCUCACAAACAUCAAUGAUGUCAUUCUGUACUUUGUUGACGAGAAGUAUAAGCCAGUGGGUGGGCUUCUUGGCAAGCUUAGUAACUUGCACAGCGUCCUUAUACGAACCAGCGACAGUAUAGCGAUGCCAGUCAUGAAGAAAAAAGAAGAGGCUGCUGAAGAAGACGAAUCCGGCAGUGAAUUCGAUUUUGAAUAA